GCGGUUGACGCUGAGCUUUCAAAAUGAAAAUAAACCUGUAAGGGCUUUUAUAGCUUUUAUUAUCAGUGUUCAAAUAUGUUGUCUAAAAUAUACCACAUAUAUGCCCGUAACAGAACCACAAACCGGCUGCUAUGAGAUGGAAAGCUGAAGCUACGGAGCAAUUUCAUCAAAACUGGUCAUCUUAACAGAGGCAUGCCGGCAUGGCCUUUUAAAAUGAGAGGAAGCAAAGUACAAUGGACGACUCAGACCAGGAUUUUGUAGAUCUUUGCUCGAAGCUGCUGAAAAGGGUCCGUAAGAAGCCAGCUGAACCCCGGCAGCCGAAGAAAGUAGAGCAUCAGUCCUCCAGCCAGGCAAACGAAGAGGAAAAGAGGAGGAGAAACAACAAAAAAGAUGAAGGAUCCCGUUAUAAGUGCACUCCUGCUGUCAGUGGGACCCAGCCUGGUUGUUCAGGAGAUGCUGGAUCAUCUGGCUGUGCACCUGCAGAGCCGAGAGCGAAAGAUAAAGUGCUGCACAGAAUGCAACAGUUCAGAAGACCCAGUACACAGAAGAUGAUGCUCCACAAUGAGUGUGAACCAACAGAGCAGGAGAAUUACAGCUGUCCACGUCCAGCGCCACAAAAACAAGAAAAUCCAGAGUUCUGCAGCACUGAUCUCCCCCCAGUGUCCUCAGACAGCGAUGAGGCUUUGGCCCUUCGGCUGCAGCAAGAACUCGACAGGGAGGUUGCAGAGGCACGGGUGCUGGACCUGGAGGAUGAAGGCCUCUUCUUCUGUCAGAUCUGUCACAGAAAUCUUUCACACAUGAGCCCUGAAGGACGCACACAGCACAUUAACAGAUGUUUGGAUGAAAGUGAAGCUCAUCCCCCACUCCCUCCUCCACCACCAGGUGUCCCUGACUGUCCCAUCUGUGGCAAGAAGUUCAAGAGUCAGAAGAGUCGCUCCACCCAUUUGAAGCGCUGCUCCUCAGACAUGGGCGUCUCUCCGGCUGUGUUGCUACAGGCUCUGCAGAGACAGGCUGAGGAGACCCCCAGUAUCCCGGCUGCUAAUCUACAGACCGGAGGCACCAAAAGGAAAGGACUUCCAAAGCCAGGACUUCCAGCAAGGAAAAAGCCCAGGAAGAAGAUUAAAGCCCUGGAUGAAGACACCAUGGUGGCCCUGGCCCUGUCCUCUUCCCUGCUGGAACAGGAGAAGGAGAAGCAGAGAGAGAUGGAGGCUGAGAGAGGAAUACAAAAACAAACUGCUGCAUCACAAGUCUCCAGGACUCCAAUGCUGAUGUGGAGGCCAGAUGCAGGUAAGGGGCGUGGUAAGAGGAAAAAAGGUGGGGUUUCUCGUCCCCCUCCACUCCUCCUCAUCCAGGAUGCUGAGGCGGCCCUGGCGAGGCUGCAGGAACGUGUUUCUGCCCUCCUCCUACGCAGUCGUGCCCCCUCCCCUCCCACCCCUACACGCUGCCCCAGUACUCUGUCGGGUUGGAGUGGUGCUGCCCCCCUCUGGCAAAAAAGUGCCCUGCUGAAUAAAGGCCCCUCCUGCACGUCUGAUUUCUACACACCAGAGCUGAGGGAGUUCAUUGAGCCUUGGGAAUCAGCAGCGCCAAACAUGCCCUCCUCUGUCAGAAUCGAAAAUCCUGACUCUACUUUUCAGCCUGAGAGUGAACGAACUCCUGUAACUAGACCCAGGGCCUCCAUCCUGCCAUCCUCGGCCCAGAUGGCCUGCUCCUCUACGCCUCCCUCUACUCCAGGGACAGGGCAGCUCCCAGUGAGCAGCCAGGUCCUUCGAGACCUGAUAGAGCUGGCUGAAGACGGCAUGACCUUAACCCAGCAUGACUACACCACCUCAGGCCCUAUAAAAGAUAUUCAGAGCAACUCUGCACACCUUCAUCUGAGUGGAUUUGUUCCAGAGGAUGCAAAGGAGCAGAAUGACCUCUGUGUGAGUGGCUUUUUACUAGAGACAACACAUACACACUCAGAGGGCAUCCACAACUGGGGAGGAAACACAACGAAUCAUCCAGGAGACAGAGACCGAGGCAGCCACAAAGCAGUGGCGCUGUCCAGACUGGCAUCAGACCUGAGCAGCAUGGUGAACAACCCUCAGCUCAGUGAUGUCCAGCUCCAGGUGGAUAGUGGAGACGUCUACUUCGCUCAUUCCUUCAUGGUGUAUGCUCGCUGCCCCCUGCUGGCAGAACUGGUGCAUGAAAGUGGUUUUGGGGUGAAGGAAGAAGGAGUGCCUGCAGCUCAGAGGGUUUUGAUGAGUGAUGUCCCAGGUCAGGCAGUGUUUGCUCUGCUGCAGUACCUCUACACAGCCCACUGCUCCUUCCCAGCCUCACUGCGGCCUCAUAUUUUGGAGCUGGCAUCCAGGUUUGACUUGCAGGAGCUCCAACAGAUUUGUCAGCUCCGCCAAGAUGACACAGCAGCUCAGGGAGAUGACACAGAAUACACAUACCACGAGCAGAAUGUCAAUGAUCAAACGGACCAGGCCUUUUUAGAGCUCCUCCGCUCCAUGUGGAACGAUGAAGAACAAGAUGAGGAAGGAAUGGAUACUGAUGAAGGAAGGGAUAGAGAGGAGUCAGAAAAUCAAUGUGAUGAUCCUACAUCAGGUGAUAGGGAGAUGCCUGAGGAACAAGUGAAUGAAGAUGAGUUGAUGGAGAUUUAUGAGUUUGCUGCCACGCAGAAAAAGAAGGAGGAGGAAGAAGACAGUGUGGAGGAGGAAAAAAAGAAUGACGGAGACUUGGAAAUGGCUGAAGAUCAAGUAUUCACAAAACUCACAGAGCAGCAGCCCAAUUGUCAAUCUGGGCCAAAUUCCAGCCUGGAUCGCAGCUACAACCGCCUGUUCUCAGACUCAUGGGGGAUAUACGAGGAAGAAGACCCCUCUACGUUACCCUCCACCUCCAGACAAUCAAAUAGACAUACCAUUCAAUCACAGUUUGAUCAUAAACUCUCAUCUGAACCACUGGCCAGAACUGUCCUUCAGUCCUCCGCAAGCGUAAUUGGCAAACUUUCUCCAAGCCCUCCACCCAGUACACCCAGCAUGCCUGUCCCUGGUCUGUCCCCUGGUGGUGAAGAACCUGGAGCAGCCACAUUGGAAGUGCAAAAUGAUUGUAUUCAACUCAGAGAUAAAAAUCUGUCAUUGAAGACAGAAAGCCAAGGACCUCGUAUUCUUUGCAUCCCACUUUCCCCUGAUUAUCCACAGGAAAACAAACAACCUGAGCUGAUUGUUUUGUCCGACUCAAGCGAAGAAAUGGAAGUUGAUUACGCUGUUCUUAGUUCUCGCAGUCCUUCUCCAUGCAUCAAGGAAAACACACAGAACUACACCCAUAUCAAAGAACAAGUAAAACCUAAUGAGAUCAAUCCAAAGUCUAAAGGGCAAGGUGAUUUGGACUCUAGUCUUACUGGCAAACUGCCUGUUUCAGAGCCAGGUGGACCAGGCUCUGGUUGUCAAAGUCCAGUAAACUGCUCUCCAGAAGUUUCCUGGCUGAUCCCGUCCACACCAGUCCAGCCUGGAAGAAGCAUCCGGACCACUUCGAGUCAAACCAACAGCAGCAUGUGCAGGACACAGCUUUUCACUAAAGGUGAUACUUCCUCAAACGCAUCCUCUUUAUCUUCUCCCAUGUCAGACCGAAUCCAGAGAUCCACCAGUCCACCUAGAGUUUCUAGCAUCACUGGCCUCACACAUGCCAGUGUUUCCAGAUUGAAACCUGACAGGACAGCUCCCUCCAUCUCCAGCUUGGACGUAAGUGUUUCUAAUAAACACAGCAGCAGCCAGAAGAGGCGUACAGACAGUAAAUUGGACUUUCCAGUGUUUGUAGGUCCCUCGUGCCAAGCUAAGCCUUCACAGCUCAGAAACUCAAGUAACCACCUCUCAUGUCUACCUUCCUCAACACGGGAUCCCCAUCUUCACAUCCCUACAUACUGCAGCACUCCCCUGCAUACUGAGCUCCACCAGACCCCCGUUCCACCUCCAGAGUCUCCACUCGCCCCUGUCUCUACUGACCCCGAAAAAUCCAAAUCAGCAGCUCAAGAAACAGAGAAGACACCCACUACAAGUCCAGAGAAGACCGUGUUAAACAGUUUUCACCUCUCACCCCUGUCUGAACGCUCUUCAUCAUCUCACAGAGCCCCCCCAGGCUCUAAUAAAAGUCAGUGUUCUCCUGAAUUCAGCUGUCAUGAUAAUACAGGGAAUGAUGGGGAUGAGAGGAGGGAUGGAAGGCAUGAGGACAAUGAUGGCCAGAUAGAAUGUGAGCAAGAUAUUGAAACGGAAGAGGCUGCAGAGUCCAGUUUCCAGCAGAGCUUCAUGGACGAACCUCCGAUAGCCUUCAAUGAUUCAUGGGGCCUCGACGCCUGCGUAGAAAACCCAGGCUGCUUCAGUCUAAAGCUGGAGGAGAGCAGAGGGUCUAGUCGGCAAGACCAGAGCCUGGAGCAAAGAGAAACAGCCGAGUCAUCCACCUCAUCCCUCUGUCAGCCUGUACCAUUUAGCCGACAGGUGCCUUCUAUGAACAGCCGUGGUGACACCACAAAGUCUUCUCUAUUUUCAACUCGAGCUUCAGAUUUGCCAUCCAGGGUAGAAGCACAUGUAGGGCCAUCCCUUACCCCUUCACCACCAGACCCCAUUGCACAUCCUGCUCCAGAUAUCAACAAUAGCCUUCUGGACUCCAAAAUAUGGGACAGCUGGGAGGAGGAUGAAGAGGAGGAAAGGGCUCUUCCUCUUUCUCAGAGAAUAAACCCCACUGUCCAACUCAAAACUCCAAAGUCAUCCCACAACGCAAAGCAUCGCUCCUUGGAACCCAUCACUCCCAUGCCGCAUUACUCCGACAUGGACACACCGGAGCUCAAGAACAAACUCACCAGGUUUGGUGUUCGACCUUUACCGAAACGCCAGAUGAUCCUCAAACUGAAGGAGAUCCACGAGUACACUCACCAGCUGGUCAGUUCAGACUCUGAGGAAGAGGCACCAUCGAUGGGCCAUGCUACUCAGACGAAGCCCCCUACCACUUUGAAGCCCUCCGUCUGCAGGCCGGUCUCCUGCACCCAGAUACCACCAUUCAAAGAGCCUAGAGCCCCGACUGCUGCCUCCCCCAUGAAACAUAACAGAGAGGAAGAGGAGGCAGAGCCGCUGUCUGCCUCACAGGACUCCAACACCUCUUCAACCGCUGCCAGUGAGGAAUCAGAAAGGUCAAAUCCUGAGCUGUGUCUGUUGUCUGAUGGCGACUCGGACAGUGAUGGCAGUAUUUCUGCGUCCCAGGCAGCGACACGACUCCAGGAUCGCCUCCUCGCAGUGCGCUCCUUCAUCCUGUCUAACCCAGGGCUUUACGACCAGAUCCUGCAGUACCAGCCUCUGGUUUUGUCCCAGUUUCAGCAGCAACUUAAGGACGCAGGGAUCCGCCUGGGAGUUGCUAAACUAGCUGACUACCUGGACUCCCAGUGCAUCACCUUCACCACGGCCAAGCCGGGACACUCUGCACCAGGUCGCAGACGAGCCAAAAAGACGGGCAAGGGGGUAAGGACAGCAGGUGACAGCAGAGCAAGGAGGAAAAGAGGUGUCACAGCUGUAAACUAACAUUUUUUUUUAUGUUGGGACUGCCUGUGGAUUUACAAGACAUUCAACCAAUUGUCCUGAUGAGCGAAUGAAACUUCCUUGGCUAAGACAGAUUUUUAAAAAUUGUUUAAAACUAUGUAAGAAAAUGAUUUCUUAAUGAAAUGUUUUAUUGAGUUUCUAAUGUUGCUUUUAUUUUAAAUCCCAUGUGAAAUUAAAUGGUUCCUGUGUCU